AUGUCGUGUGGCACAAGAGAGGCGCUGGUCUUUGGCAUGGGGCUGAUCACGGGCACAGGCACCACUCUGUACAUCUUAUACGGUGUGGACUCGGUUGGCCUCGAUGGAGAGGUGAGGAAGUUCGAGAAGCCAAUCUUCCAGACGUGGCUCAUGUUUUUGGCCAUGGUAUUCGCACUCCCCAUCCACUGGGCCUACCACUACCACGUCGAGCGGCAAUGGCGCAACAACCGCAACGGCAUGAAAUAUCGUUACCGAAUUCCGCGCAAAAUGUAUUUCUUGCUAGCACUCCCAGCAGCUUUCGAUCUACUGGCAACUUUCGUUGCCAACAUCGGUCUUCUAUACGUGACCGUUAGUGUUUUUCAGCUCAUGAAGUGCACAGUCAUCAUCUUCGUGGCGCUACUGAAAGUAUUUGUGCUCAAAGACCGACUACGCAGCUACAUGUGGAUCGGUAUCGGUCUCAACAUGUUAGCAGCGUUAAUGGUGGGCGCUACAAGUCUCGCAGACUCCGACAGUCAAGAUAACAAUUCGGCCAAUCAACAUCCAGCAUUCGGCGUAUUUAUGGUGGUACUUAGCUGCGCGAUCCAAGCCGUACAAUACGUUCUCGAAGAGAAACUCAUGGACGAAGGCGACAGUGCACCGCCCCUAGUGGUCGUGGGUAUGGAAGGCGUUUGGGGUUUAAUACUGACGUCGUUCGUAGUGUACCCAAUUGCGUAUUUGGUCCCGGGCAACGAUUUGGGUUCACACGAGAGAUUCGACGACGCGUAUCAGAUGCUGAUGAACAGUGGCUUGGCUCAGAUGGCUGUACUCAUUUAUUUACUGGUGAUUAUGGGCUACAACGUGUUCGCCGUGUCGGUCACGUAUCUUUUGAACUCAAUUUGGCACGCAAUUCUGGACAAUUUCCGUCCAAUUACAGUCUGGGCCACAGAUUUGCUGCUGUUCUAUUUUUUUACGCAAGGAGAAUUUGGUGAACGGUGGACAAUUUGGAGUUGGCUACAACUUGUUGGUAUGCUGACGUUGUUAGCGGGCACGGCCGUGUACAACGGUACUCUGCGUCUUCCGGGCUUCGUGUACUUGGAGCCAUUGGACGAAGCGAUGACUCCGAUCCGAACGCCAGAGGCUCUUACUGCGUCUGCGUUCUCACGUUCGCCGCUGAUUACGCGCAACGCUAUGAAGGCUGCAGAGAUUGCUCGUCGGACGCCAAAUCCCAAUGACCGCGACCGUGUGAGACGCGAAUUCAUGACUGAGUAUCAACCACUGGCCGAUUCCGAGUCUCGACGACGCAUUGACCCAGCUGGACACACGUACGGAUCGCUUGAAACUUAA